AUGGAGCAAACCUUGAAGAGGAACACAUACGAGAUCAAUACCCUCAACAAGACAAAUACCAAAUUUGAAAAGAACUUCUUAAAGCGGCAAUCUGACUUGCUUGAUUGUGAAAGGGAAAACUCCAUUGAACUCCAUAAUGAAGUCAUGGAUGGAAUAAGCUUGCUUCGAAAUCAAAUGGUUGAGAUACAGGGUAAUAUGAGCAGAGCUGAUGCUGAGCGAUUGGAACAAGCAGAUUCCUUUGCAAGGAAAAUUCAGGCUGAAGAAGAUGCUAAAGCAGCUGCCGAUAAAGAGAAGAACCUCAUUACCCAGGGUGAUGAUAAUAGCAGCAGAAGAGGUGGUGGUGUUUCAACAGGCACCAGAUCAAAGCGAAGGCAAACUAGUGAUAAAAACGAUAGGCCAUUCAAAAGAGGCGGAGGUCGUAGUGGUGAUCGUGAUGGUAGAAGUAGUGGAGGUGACCGUGGUGGUAGAAGUGGCGGAAGUGGUCGUGGUGGCCGUUCUCUCUCUCCCUUUCGAAACCUUCUGAAUGGUGAAGAAUUUAGCAGUCAAGGAUUCUGCUACCCAAUUGACCCAUUCGUGAAAAGGGAAGAUCAAUAA